AUGUCCUCUCCAACCGUCCUGAUAAUCGGCUGCGGCAUCGCCGGCCCUGUCCUUGCCAUACUACUAAAGCGCAAAGGCUACAACCCUAUUGUAUUCGAAAAGGUUCAAGCUCUUGGAGAUGCCGGUGCAUCAUUGAUGAUACAGCCAAACGGAAUGAAAAUCCUCAACCUCAUUAUCCCCAAUCGCCCGUUCCAAACCAUAACACCCCUCCAAUCCCUCUGGCACGGGACAGCGUCCGGCGAAACACUCGGCCACUCUACUCUCCCCUCAUCCUACGUGGAUCGCUACACCCAGCCAGCCAGCGGAAUAAAGCGCAGCGUACUCAAUCUCCACCUGAAGACCACCCUCCAGGAACACGGUAUCCCACUGUACGAAGGAUACCAGCUCGAGAACAUCCACGAACACGCGCACCAAGUAACUGCAUACUUCACCAACGGAGAAUCAAUCACAGGCUCAUUCCUCAUUGGCUGCGACGGAAUCAAAUCAUCAGCGAGAAAACUCCUCCUCUCCCAGAAAGUAGGAAUAGCCGAAGGCCCACCUACAUUCACCGGGUUGGUUCAGGUAGCGGGGAUAUCUAAGACCCCUCAGUCCAUGGCCAAGAGAGAUAUUUCCCUGAGUAACUGGUAUGGCGAGGGCGUGCACGUUGUCGCAUAUCCUAUCUCCGCUGAGGAUAUUUCCUGGGCGGUUACUAUCCCAGAUACAGAGGGGGAGGAUAGUACGUGGCGGGCUGCUACUGCUAGAACCGAGCUGGAUUCCCUACGAGGGAAGCUGAGAGAGAGUUUAUCUGGCUUUGAAGACUGCGUUUUGGAAAUGGUAAACACCGCAGAUCGAAUCAUCUCGUAUGGUCUGUUUGACCGCCGGGAGGUUCCUGCCGAACAGUGGUUUUCUGAUCGUGUAGUAUUGGUCGGUGAUGCGGCGCAUCCGACAAGUCCGCAUUUGGGGCAGGGGGCAAAUCAGGCUUUGUAA